AUGGAUUUGAUGAUUCAUGCAGCUGCUUUUGGACUAGGCAUGAAGAAGUCAAACAUCAAACUGCCGUGUGAAAGGGAGCCAGUGAACCCUGUUUUCUACAAACGUCCAAGACUGAUUGCACCGCCAACUUUUGUGGCAGAGGCACCUGUAAUGGAUGAUGCAGUUUCGUUGCCUACAGCAGAAGCAGAAGGCCGCCUGAAGUGGUCAAGAAAAACGUCGCUAGUGCCGUGGCCUGUGGCGCAAGAUAGGGCGCUUGCCAAGGCGUUGGAGAGCUGGAGGAUCAUAAUUAUGGAUGACCUGGAUGGGUCGCUGGUGGGUCGACAGAUUGCAAAGUCGCUCAGAGGUGAUGAAGGUGCACAACCAGUGGAACAGAUCCUGUCAGAUGCGUUGGCCGGAAAGUCUCUGUCUACACUCCGCGCCAGGGCAUCGUCUCUGAUGGCAUUCGGAAGAUGGAAGAAGGGCCUGGACCCCUCUGCAACUAUUCUUCCAAUUGCAGAGGAACAGGCAUAUGCUUACGUCAGAGAGCUCAGAGAACUCAAUGCGCCAAGAACGAAGCCAGGUAGGUUUCUGGAAGCAGUUGCAUUUGCUUUUCACAUGCUGGGUGCAGAAGUGGAUGGAACCAUGAGCUCACCUAGGGUCAAAGGGGCUGUGGUGGUGCCUGUAGUGAUCCCCAAGAAGAAGGAGCCUCUUACAGUCAAGCAGAUUGCAUUUUUGGAGAACCUGGCCAUUGACGAUUCUGGGCAACUGGGAAUUUUUGCAGGGUACUGUUGCAUGGUUUUGCACAUGAGGCUUAGAUGGAUGGACGGUCAGUUCUGUCAACAGGAACCCUUUUUGGAUUUAUUUGAAGGAAAAGGCUUCCUCGAAUGUGGCCUUUAUCACCACAAGAAUGCUGGAAGACAGAAACACUCGCAAAGGCUCCUUCCAGCUGCAUGCAACAUUCCCGGCAUCACAGGCCAGGAUUGGGCGUCAACUUGGCUCCAGCACAGGGAGCUACAUGGCCUGUCAGCACAACCUGGAAAGCCGACGAUGCCGGCCCCUCUUGCCGAUGGAGGAUGGGCGAAGGUGCCCCUCGAAGCCGCACAGGCAACUUCCUGGAUUAGAGAGUUGUUGAGAAACCUGAAUCCUACUGUCCCGUGGGAAUUUUUGGGCACGCAUUCCUUGAAGGCAACGAUGCUUAGCAUGAUGGCCAAGGCGGGGUGUGACACGAGCCUGAGGAGGUUGGCAGGGUACCACACAGACCCAGGUGCCCGCAUGCCGCUGGAGUACAGCCGUGACGGGCAGGCGCCGGUGCUACAUGCGUUGCAAGCAAUUGGAAUGGCAAUACAGCACGGGUACUUUGAUCCAGAUGCCUCCAGAGCUAGGCGUUGGCCAAGGAAGCCGUGCAUCUCGCUUGAAAUGGCGAUGACGGACAUGUCCAAGAUGGCGACCGAAGAUGGGUGGUACAAAGCAAACAACCACAAGGAUGCUGGUUUUCCGGAAACAGAUGAUGCACUGCUUUGUGACUGGGAGAAAGUGUCAGAAGUUUCAGAAGGGUACUCUCAGUCAGAGCCGGCCGAUGAUCCCUGGACAGACGCUGCAUCGAUGUCGUCAAUCAGUGAUCGUGCAGAGAGACCAGAAUUCCAAGGAAUGGAAUGCAGCACUUCCGACGAGGAGAAGGAAGCCGAGGUCGCGGCCCCAAUUGUCGGAGACUCUCUUGCCAGAGACUUGGAAGUUCAGAUUCACGUCAGGGUCUUCAAACAUGUGAUCAGUGGAUGUUGUCACAUUGCAAAAGAAUCGAAUACUGACCAUGAUGAUGGUGAUGCAGUGGUCCUGAAGUGCGGUAAGCUAGCUACGCGCAACUUCGAGGAAGUCGAUCAGGCAGGGAUCAACGGUCUCACCAUGGAGCAGUUUGCACCUCAGGCGAAGGCCAUCGGACUUGCAGAUGGAGUUCUGAAUGCAAUGGCAUUGAGGGGGUGGACAACUCAUGCCACGUUUGCCUUUGCAGUGGCAUGCCAGCCGGGAGCAGAUGAGCAAGCGUUCCUGGAUGGAGUAGUUGUUCCGAUUUUAGGAGCAGCUGAGCAUGCCGAAGCUCCAAGGUUGAGACGUUUGUUUUUUGAGUCUCAUACACUUACGUCCGCCGACUUGAGACGCAAGGUGGACUCGAAUGAGAUGGAAGCACCUCGCAAGCUACCACCACCAGAGAUAGCCCAACGCUUGGACCUCUUACAAGCCAGGAUACACCCACUGAAGAUUGCAAACGUUUUGGAACCCUCGCACCAGCUGAUCAAUGCCAUAGUUCAGUGCGUUGAAGAUGGAAGGGUGCGCUACGUUGAAUGGUCGAAAUGUGGCCCAAGCCAUGUCAUUCGAGACCCACGAGAAGAUCAUCAAUUUUUCUUUUAUGAAUUGAAGAAGGAGCCGAUGGAAGGGUUUGCACCAGUUUCGUUACAGCAACUGGCAGCUGCUGACCGCGAGCUUCACAUCAGGCUUGCCGAGAUGACAAGGGCAGGGUUCAAACCGGGCCCGGCAGGUGAACUGCCAUUGGAUCUUCCGACGAAUCAAGUGUUGGAAGGACCGGAACUCAGGUGGAUGUUGAUGCCGGUCCCAAAACGCAGUGUUGUCAAGGCGCCACCUGAGACACCAAAGUUGACAAAACCUGGACAGGAGGCGGAUUCAAAGCGGAACAGGGUCGAACAGCCAAAGAAGAACAAGCAGGAAGCAUUGAGAUUGAAGAGGCUCAAAAGGACCCCCAUGCCGAAGCAGCUCGCAGGUUGCACACCCUGUGACGACGAAGGCAAUGCUUAUUGCUUUGCAUUCAACCUUGGGACCUGUUCAAGUGCCACAGAUUGCGCAAAGGGCAAGCACCUGUGCUGCAAGAAAGGCACUGGUCAGCAGCAGCAGUGCCAUGACAAAAAGGGCGAAGGCCCUGGUGUGGAUCUUUUGCGAAAGCGCACCAGCUCCGCCACCUUUGGCGAAAAGCGCCAUGACUUUGGAUCGCAGCCGAAGCGAAUGCGCGCGGAAGUGGUUCAACCUGCAGCCGAAGGGUUUCAGGACGAAGCGGAAAUGUCCGCUCACAAGUCUUUUCAGAGCCAUCUAAACAUUGAUGGCAACAAUGCGCCUGUGGAAGCACAUGCGAAACAAUCACCAUUUUUACUUGACUUGUUUUGUGGAACAGCUGGCGUUGCGGCCGCCUUCAAGGCGCUGGGAGGUGACGCUUUGGGCAUCGAUCACAUGGUUGACAAAAGGCGAGUUAAGGCUCCCGUUGCAAAGGUGGACCUUGCACACCAUGAUGGGCAGAGUACCGUUUUGUCUUGGAUACAGGAUGGCAAAGUGGAUGCAGUGAUGUUAGCGCCCCCUUGCGGCACUUCUAGCAGGGCAAGGGAAAUACCAUUGCCGAAACACUGCAGGUUGAGGAAGGGCAUGCAGCCGGUGCCCCUCAGGUCUGACAAGUGGCCAGACGGCCUACCUCACCUGCGAGGUGUGGCGAAGCUCAAGGUCAAGACUGCAAACAAGUUGUACAAGUUUUCCAUGAAGGUUAUCAAGCUUUGCAUCCUGAUGGGUAUCCCAGUGAUUUGCGAAAACCCGAAGAGGUCUUUAAUGUGGCUUACAGAGCCUUUUUCUGAGCGGCCUGAGCAGUGCAACUUCCAGUACAUCCACGCAUGCAUGUACGGCAGCAGCCGCAGAAAGAGCACGGCUUUUCUCAUGAAUUUUUCGGCUGGAAAUCUGCAGACAGAGUGUGAUGGCCUACACACUCACUUGCCAUGGGGAAUGGUAGACACCGCCGAUGGAAAAGGGCUGCAAUUCUCAACAAGCCUUGAAACUGAAUACCCACAACCACUUUGCAAGCAGCUUGCGUUGGCGUUCUAG